AUGGGAGGUUGUAUAUCGUCGGAUUUCGAUAACUCUACCAAUCAGAAGCCGUGCGCCACGGUGAUCUCUGUUUCCGGAGAACUGCGCCGGUAUCCGCUCCCGGUCACGGUCUCGCAGGUGAUCCAGUUCGAGACGUCGUCGCCGGACUCCGUCUUCCUCUGCAACUCCGACCGCCUCUACUUCGACGAUUACGUGCCGCGCCUCGACGCUGCGGAGGCGCUGGAGCCGGACCAGAUCUACUUCGUGAUGCCGGCCUCGAGGCUCCAGAACCGCCUCGCCGCCUCCGACAUGGCGGCGCUGGCCGUCAAGGCGAGCGUCGCGUUCAACGAUUUCAACCCGCGGCGCAGCCGGAAGUCUCGGAUCUCGCCGGUUUUGGUGGCGGAGGAGGAUCCGCAGUCGAUUCAUCAGAUUAAAAUCAACGGCAAUUCGUACGUUCAAGUUAAAAGCGGAAGGAAGUCUUCGUUGGGCGGCGUUCCGAGAUCCGGCUCCGUGAGGAAGAUGCACAUGCGACGAGCGAAAUUGGCAGUUCGAUCCUUCAGAUUGAGGCUCAGCACGAUUAACGAAGGCUCCGUGCUCCUUAAUUGA